AUGGCCGAGGCGGGCGCUGAGGAGACCGGCGGCGGCAGCCAAGGUGAGAGAAGGGAGCGAGCGAGCGAGCCAGUCCCUCCUCAGAAGGAGCGGCGGCUUUCGCGCCUUUCGCCGGCGUUGCGACGGGUUGGACUAGAUGACCCCUGGGGGUCCUUCCCGGAUGUGGAGGAGGCGGGCGGCGCGGUUUCCCUUCUUCGCCAGGCAUUUAAUUGAUGGGGGGUUGGCUUUCCGAUGUCCCACCCAGGAGAGCCCCCGCGGCGCCAGGGGGGUUUGCGGGGAAAGGAAGCGCCGCCAGGCAGUAGCCGGACUCGGAGCAACUGGGCCGAGUUUCCCUCUCCCCCUUCACCCCCCAAACGAAGGAAGACGCGCCCGAGGGAUGGAAGAAGAAGCGAAAGGGGGGCGGGGGGCGGGACGCGAAACUCCCUCCUCCUCUGCGCUUCGCUGCCACGACCUUUCUUUCGCCUGCCCUACUUUCGCAGCAUGUGCGUGACCUGGCUGUACAUUUUCAAUCUGUCCGGCUGGUCUUCGUCGCGCAGAGAACAAACUUGCUGCCCGCCUCCCUUUCUACUUCAAUUUUCUCCAAAUGAUUUUUUUUUUCUCUCGGAAAAAGCGGGGGAAUAGGAAGAGGAACCUGCAGCGAUGCUUUAGGAAUCCCCUCUGGAGCUUUUGAAAUGUGUCCUGGUGGAACUCCAGUUUUCUGAAAUAAGUAUCUAGCCGUGACAUCGGUUGGAUACAUAAACUAAUACUUGUUGUGUAUUUUAUGUUUGACAAAGGAGGUUAAAAUCAGUCCCAAUUUGGGUGUGAUUUCUACAUUGUUUAACUGAAAUAUUGGGAUGCAUUAAAUGCUGCUAAAUGCAGUCCAAAUGCACUUUUCUGUGAAUAGUCUAUAGACUUAUAGAUAUAUGCAGAUGAAUAAAUAGUUUUAUCAUUUGGCUGGAGCUGUUCUGUAAUCAGAGUCGCAUAUCCUUGGAGGUCCUGAUUCUUGGUUUACAAUAUGCUGCAAUUUUAUCUACAGUUAAUUUUAAAAUAUGUUUUUACUCCCUAGCUUUUUAAUCAUUUUGUAUGUGUCAAGAUAAUUUUUUGCCAUGCUGCUGUACUUUAGGUUAUGGAUUAUUUUUGUGUAUAUUAAUAUUCCUUGUUCUUUAAAUCUGAGGGUCAAGUGAUAUAUAGAACAAUGUUAAAGUGUAUAGCUUCCUUCUUAACACUACAAAGUUGUCUGUUGCCAAAAUUUAAAUCUAGAAAGGUAUAUGCUAAUUGUGUUCCAAUUUGAGGCGGUUUUCUGUUGUUGUCAUUUCUAUUUUACUUCAUACUAGAGAAGUAGCAUAUCUACCGUAAGUUCUGUCUUCAAAAAGUAGGUCAAGUCCUAUCUUGUUUCGAGGCUGGUGUUUUCCUUGCAAAGUUUAUGACUGGAUUGUUUAAUUUUCCAGUUUUCACCUAUUAAGAAAUAGUUAUAAAAAAAACAAACAGUAUAGGCCAUGUUACUGAUCUCCAGGAAAAAAUCCAGCUCCUAAAACGUACUGGAUCUUUCCACACCCUCCUUUUCUGAUGCUGAACAAGGUGAAUAAGCUAGAGCAAGGAUGGGGAAUUAUUUUGGGCUCUAUGGCUGUGGGACACGGGUGGCGCUGUGGUCUAAACCACUGAGCCUUGGGCUUACCAAUCAGAAGGUCAGUUCGAAUCCCCGCAACAGGGUGAGCUCCCGUUGUUCGGUCCCUGCUCCUGCCAACCUAGCAGUUCGAAAGUACGUCAAAGUGCAAGUAGAUAAAUAGGUACCACUGAGGCGGGAAGAUAAAUGGCAUUUGCGUGCGCUGCUCUGGUGUCGGUGUUCCAUUGCACCAGAAGUGGCUUAGUUAUGCUGGCCACAUGACCCGGAAGCUGUCUGCGGACAAACGUCGGCUCCUUGGCCUAUAGAGUGAGAUAAGUUCCGCAACCUCAGAGUCGUCCGCGACUGGACCUAACGGCCAGGGGUACUUUUACCUUUAUAUUUUAAAGAUCGUCUUCCAUGAACAUGUUUUAACAACGAGUCCGUAAGUGACUGUGGAGGCCAAUUCUGGUUCCACACGUUAUUCCACAGUGGGGACAUAGGUUUCUAGGUGGGAGCUGAUCGUGGUGAAGGUUUGCCACAUGUGCCUUCGUCUCAGCACGUUUCUACCUUUCGCCCUGAGUUCUAGUGUCUUCAAAGUCCAUGACACCUUUGGUAAAGGCUGUUCUCCAAUUGGAACGCUAGCAGGCCAAUGUUUCCCAGUUGUUGAUGUUUAUACUACUUUUUUUUGAUUUGCCUUGACAGUCUUUAAACGUCUUUUGUUGACCACCAGCAUUUCGCUUUCCAAUUUUAACUUCAGAAUAGAGUAGUUGCUUUGGAAGACGAUAAUUAGGCAUGACCAGUCCAACAAAGUUGAUGUUGAAGAAUCAUUUCUUCGUGAUCUUUGCUAAGUUCACUGGCAUUAGUUCGCCUGUCUUCCCAAGUGAUAUGUAAAAUUUUUCGGAGACACUGUUGAUGGAAUCUGUCGAGGAGUUGGAGAUGGCGUUUAAAAGUGGUCCAUGUUUCAUAAGCAUACAAUAAGGUUGGUAGUACUAUAGCUUUGUAAACAAGCGUUUUGGUUUCCAUGCAAAUGUCCCAGUCAUCAAACACUCUGCCCUUCAAUCGGGAGAAACCUGCACUCAGCGAGCUAAGGCAAUGCUGGAUUUUGGCAUCAAUGUCGGCUCUUGUGGAAAGGUAACUUAAAGUCAUCAACAUUUUCCAACAUUACACCACUGAGUUGGAUUUGUCGUGCUGCAGAUGGGUUUUUUGUGCUUGUUGGUGCAGCACUUUGGUUUUUUGGAUGUUGAGCAUAGGCCAAGCUUUCUGUAGGCUUCUGCAAAGAUAUUUAGGAUGGUUUGGAGGUCAUCCUCUGAGUGUGCACACACUACGCUGUCAUCAGCAUAUUGAAGCUCUAUGAUGGAAGUUAUGGUAACCUUACUCUUUGCUUUCAACCUGCUCAAGGUAAAGAGCUUUCCACCUGUUCGAUAUGAUUUUUACCCCAGUGGAGAGUUUCCCUUCGACAAUGUGUAGCAUCAUGGCAAUGAAAAUAAUAAAUAGGGUUGGGGCGAUAAAACCCUGUGUAGAGGAGUGGUGGCUGUAGCAACAGAGAAGGCCAGCGGUCUGGUUGUGCAGUGAGAUGAUGCUUUAGCCUGCCAUUGGCCCUCCCGCAAAUCCCAUAAAUAGUUUUCUUUUAAAUUUAAACCAUAAAGAUACAGGGAAUAUACAGAGUGGUUGUCACAAACAUGUUUGCAUAGAGCAACACACUUGGAGAGGUGUAUAGCUGGAGUAUUUUCGGCAUAAGCUUUGUAUUUCCUAUUCUGUUAUCACAUCUCAUUCGCUCAUUGACUUAGUUACUGCUUUUAUUUGCUCCUCCUGGUCCAUGGAACUUAGAGGAACAAGGGUGAUAAGUCAAGAAAUUGUUACUCUUCUGAAAACUUAAAUAUUGUGAAAUGUCUCUUAUGAGUACUUUCUAAACUCCAUUAUUGCCCUUUCACAAUCUCUACCUCCCCCCCCCCGCUCUCCUGCCGUAUUAAAUGCCAAAUAGCAGUGCCCUUGUAUAUGAAUGUAUUUAUACAAAUAGGUAAAUGUUCUUCUGAAUUUUAAUUUAGGUGAAAUACUAUAUAAUGGCUUCUAGGUGGAAUAGAUUUGAACAAUAAAGAACUAUUUGUUUACAACUCAUCACUAAAACCUUAUGCACAUAAUCAUUAGUAAUGUAUUUCAGAUGGGAGUUUUACGGCAGAUCUGUUCAGAUGCUCAUGCUUGGAAAAAAUCAAGUUAUAAAUAGUUAAAAAGCAAGCAGUGUAUUCAAUUGAGGUGGUUAUUUAUUAAAACCACAUAAUAAUUACAGGAUUUUUUUUCUUUUUCAUUUUUUAGAAAAAAGAAUUUGAAACUCCCACUCAGCCAUGAAGCUCGCUUUGCGCCCUUGAAACAGUCACUUAUCCUAACCUACCUCACAGAGUUGUUGUGAGGAUAAAAAGGGAAUGAGAACCAUAAAAAGCGCCUUGAUCUUUUUCAACAGCAAUCCAUUUAAGCAUUUAAUACUAGCGGCACCAACCUUACCCCCAUAUUCCCCCAACUACAGUAAUCACUUCUCCCUGCAUAUUGCUUCCACAACGAACAUAAUGCUCCCCACCUCUCUGUCCCACUGCGGCAUUUCCCAGGGGGGCGGGGGACAUACCCAGAAAUUGGAGAACAACACUCCACUUGUGAAGCAUACAGUGAAUAUUUCUCUCCACCAUUCCCCUGUGACAUGUUACAAAAACAGCUGCAAAACAUUUGGGCAAUUUGAUAUAUAGUAAAAAUUUACACCAGUAAUUGCAUAAUUUGUAAUGCUGCAUUUACACAGGCAAAAAAGAAGUGAUGAAACACUGGAAAUAAAAUAAAAACACACAAACACUGUUCUUUGAUUGCUAUGAAAAUUCAGGAGUGGAAUGUAGCAAACACAAACAAGCUUCACACACAGACAUGCAUUUGUGUGUGUGCACAUGCUGUUCAGCUUGUCGUCGUUUUUGCUCACUGCAUGCAGGGGCAGACUUUGGUAAUAUGGUACCCUGAGUGAGGACAUAAUUUGCCCCCACCCCGCCAUCCAAACAUUUUAUUUUCAGAAUAACUCCUAAUGGUACAGUUAGUUUAGUAUGGAUCUUCUCAGUAGGUACCUAUAUAAAUUGUUGUUGUUGUUGUUGUUGUUGUUGUUGUUAUUACUGCUAUUUUGUGUCCCCUUGGUUCAGCGCCAUGUGUGGGGGAACUACCUGCAUUGCCCUAAAUCUGGUGCAGCUGCCUGCCUUGGCCAGUUACUGACUAUCAGCUGAACCUAUCUCUUAUGGCUGUUGUGAAGAUAUAGAAGGUGGCUGCAAAAGGGGACUUCUUUCUUGCAUUAUAGACAUCAGUUUUUGCUUCCUUUAGUCAAGCUGAUUGUACUCUAAAGGGGCAUUUCCCCCCCUGUCCCCAGAUGAGUACACCUCCAAGGCUUCAACCAGUCUUAAUCUGGCCUAUUUUGUGUGUGCUUAGAUGCAAAAACCCAAUUGUAUGCAAAUGAGUUCACUCCCAGGUUGGUAUAGCAUGCCCAAGGGUAAAGCGUCACCAUAAACCCUUAUCUGGCCCCUCCUCACAAGAAAACCUAGGCUGCAAUCUUCUACCCACUUACCUGGGAGUAAGACUCAUUAAACACAUAUACUUUUUCUGAAUAGACAUGUACUCUUGUACUGAGAGUUAACAAAACAGAUUUUUUUUUUAAUUGCCUGGAGUUUAGAAGACAUGCCUUAUCCCCUUUGCAGAGUUUUCAGUUUGCAUGUGCUUUUUCUGUUUCUUUGCAAGGGUGGAAGAUUCUUUAGCACUCACCCACAUUUACUCUGUAGUAGAAUCAGCAGGUAAUACUUUAAAGGGAGUACCUGAUCUCAAAUGGAGAUUACAAGAUUGGCUAAAAACACUGAAAGCAGCCAGUCUGGUUUAUCUCACAAUAAUCAUUUAGAAGGUUAAGACUUGUCUACAUAGCAGUUAACGCCAAAGUUUAGGGACAUUGCCAUUCAAAUAGUGUGUGCGCGCCACAUCACGUGAUUAUGAGGGAUGGGACUUACCUGCCCCCCCUAUUUUAUUCAAGUUUUAUUCAAUACAUGUGUAUUCUUUGUACCUCCUUCUUGGCACCCCUGCCUGUUGGCAGAUUAAUAUUCUGCAAGGUGUGGAUAAGAAUGUAUGGGUAAAAAAAAAAUUCCCAUUAACAAUUCUGCAGAAUGUUGUGAUCUGUUGUCGAUACAGGGUGUAAAAAAAAUGGGUCAUUCAGGGAUGCCUGGAUUUGAGUCACAGUAAUCUGUUUACUUUCCCUAAAACGGAAGCACAAUUGGCCGUUAUAUUUACUGCAAUAUUCCAAGAUUAAACACCUACAGCAGUGGGUGGUGAACCUUUUUGUUGCUUACCAGCUAUCACAAGGGUGCUAGAAGGUAUGUUAAUAAGGCAAAUGCUGUAAUGGUCUUAAGUACCGUAUUUUUUGCUCUAUAAGACUCACUUUUUCCCUCCUAAAAGGUAAGGGGAAAUGUGUGUGCGUCUUAUGGAACGAAUGCAGGCUGCACAGCUAUCCCAGAAGCAAGAGGGAUUGCUGCUUUCACUGCGCAGCGAUCCCUCUUGCUCUUCUGAGAUUCAGAAUAUUUUUUUUCUUGUUUUCCUCCUCCAAAAACUAGGUGUGUCCUGUGGUCUGGUGCGUCUUAUAGAGCGAAAAAUACGGUACUUUCUUAUGUGUUCAUUAUAUUGAAGUGCUGAGAGUAAGAGCUUCAUUCACGCAAGCGAGGCAUGCUCAGUCCAUUUUAGCCUUACCAUUUUCCACAUCAUUCAAGUUGCUGCAUAUUUCUAAUGAAUUAUAAUUCUCAAUCUUCUCUUUACAUGCAAAUAUAGUUGCUUGUACUGUGAGAGAACAGGUGCAAAUUAAGAAGUAUCUGAUUAUUUAGUCAAGUUUCUUUCCCUCAUGUUUAUUUGACUCCAUCCUCUGAUUAACUACUUGAUCAUGCAAAUUGUUGUGUAUUGAGUCAAAGGAUUUUAUAUCUGUAUUAUUAUUGUCUGUAUUUGCAUUAGGGUAAAGUAACUGCCUUUUGGUUCCAGAGGGUACAGCUACUAUUGGUUCAUUUAAGCUGCUGUAUUUGGAUCCUCUGUCUUAUUGGUUCCCUCCAAAAGGCAGGACUGUGAUUGCCUGAUAUUGUUCCCUCCAAAAUGUAUCCUUUCUUGCUAGUUCCCUGUCCCUAUAAAUGUAGCUUUCCUCUCCCCAGUCUUGAGUCUUGUGCUUUAAUAAAGAAGUGUUACUAGAGAACUGUCUCCAGCAUGUUAUAUCAGGAGAGCUGAAAUCACAAACCCCACGUCACAACAACUGGCGACGAGGAUGGGAUCUGGAAUGCUGAGGAGCGGUUAAACGCAGCCCUGCCUCAGAGUCCGGAUUGCAGCUAAGAACAAGACUCACUGACCAGCUGAGAAGACGACCCUGCCACAGGACAAUGGAGAGUCCAAGGGUAUUGGAGCCCUUCCAGCCAUCAGAGCCCGACACGUGGGAAGACUACGUCGAACGCUUUGAGUUCUUCGCAGAGGCUCAAGGGAUCACCGAUGCCAGCAAAAGAAGGGCCACAUUCCUGAGCUACUGUGGGCCUGAGACCUUCAAGCUGGCCAAGGCAUUGCUUGCUCCAGCGAAGCUAAGUGAGACAUCUCUCAAAGAUAUUCUUGCCUGCCUAACAAGCCACUUGGCGCCUACUGAGACCAAGAUGGCUCGGCGGAUGGAGUUUCAUAAGAGGCAGCAGCAUGCUGGGGAGUCUGUAUCUGCAUUUCUGGCUGAACUGCGGAAGCUCGCUCAGCACUGCGACUUCCAAAAUCUGGAAGAGACUCUCCUGGAUCGGUUUAUCGGUGGUCUGAGCAGCAAGAAGGCCAGAAGACGCAUCGUGGCUAAAGAAGAGGUUACCCUUGCUUCAGCCUUGAAGGAGGCCACCGCCACGGAGAAUUAUGAAAGAGAGGAGCUUGAUGCCAGUCGCAAGGCCCCUAAGCCACAGAUAGAAGUUGCGCAUGCCAUGGACGAGCUAGAGGCUACUCCGAGCCAGAGCCCAGUCCGUGGGGUCGAGUCAGUGAGUCAGGCCUGCACAGUGCACAAAGAUCACCGAGGCAGGUGCCCAGGUUGUGGCGGAAACCAUGAGCGGAAGAGUUGUCGUUUCCGGGAUGCUAUGUGCCGGACGUGCGGGAAGACAGGUCACAUCGCCAGAGUCUGUAGAUCGGCGGCGUUGGGAGCGACAGGAGCACCUAGACCGGAGCAUCGCAGACCGCCCGCAGCAACCCAUUUUCUAAAGGACUGCCACUACGUUACGGAGAUCAACGGGAGGGUCGUGCAGUUCCCAGCACAAGGCAAGGCACACGUCAAGGUGAAGAUUGAGGGUCAGCAGUGCGACAUGGAGGUGGACUCCGGAUCUGGAUUCACUAUCGUGUCGGACCAGACCGCGAGGACAUUCUUCCCCAGGGGUAAGUUGCCCCCUCUGGAACCCUUCCCGGCAACCUUGCAGUCAUACUCAGCGGGCCGCAUCCAUGUUAUGGGAAUGUGUGCCGUGAGAGUACAGUUCCGGGACAAACAGGCUGUACUCAAACUGGUGAUUGCGAAGGGCAGUCGCCCCAGUCUCCUGGGCACUGACUGGUUCCCCGCCCUGGGACUGGACUCUGCUAAGUGGGAGACUCCAAUCGUCACGCCCCUUAAAGCAAAUGGGGAAGUCAGGAUCUGUGCAGAUUACAAAUGUACUAUCAAUAAGGCACUCAGGGGAAACUCAUACCCCAUUCCAGUCGUAUCACAUCUGUUGGCUAAACUGGCUGGGGGCAAGGUGUUCGCCAAAAUUGACCUGGCACAAGCUUACCAACAGCUGCCAGUAACCCCACAAUCAGCGGAAGCACAGACUAUUGUCACACAUAAAGGGGGCGUUCAGAGUUAACAGAUUACAAUUUGGAGUUUGUGUGGCCACAGGGAUUUUUCAAGGGCUCAUGGAACACCUGUUAAGAGGUCUGCCGGGGUCUUGCCAUUUUUUGAUGACGUUUUGAUUGCUGGAAAAGACCCACAGGAACUGGUUGCACGUGUUCGUGCAGUGUUGCUCAAGUUCAAGGAGGUGGGGUUGCAACUGAAAAAGGAAAAAUGCAGUUUUGGGGUGCCAACUGUGGAUUUCUUGGGGUUUAAAAUUGAUGCAUCAGGCAUCCACCCCACAGAUGCUAAGAUUAAGGCCAUCAUCGAGGCGCCACGACCACAGAACAAGACGGAGUUGCAGUCAUUCCUGGGACUUAUUAACUUUUAUCAUUCUUUCUUACCCCAGAAAGCUUCGGUAGCUGAACCAUUACAUAGACUGUUGCAGAAAAAGACUGUGUGGCGAUGGGGGCAGGGGCAGCAGAAGGCUUUUGACUCCUUGCGAGGAAUGCUGAGUAGCAGGAGUGUCCUUGCUCAUUAUGACGAGUCAAAGCCUCUGGUCCUGGCAUGUGAUGCCUCUCAAUAUGGCCUGGGGCGGUGCUAAGUCAUAGGGAACCGGAUGGGUCGGAAAAGCCCAUCUCUUUCUAUUCCCGUACGUUGUCGCCCACGGAGCGCAACUAUGCUCAAAUUGACAAAGAGGCGCUUGCAAUUGUGGCAGGAAUCAAAAGUUCCAUGAUUAUGUGUACGGUCGCCAUUUCUACAUUGAAACGGACCACAAGCCACUGUUAGGGUUGUUCAACCCGAACAAACAAACGCCACAAAUUCUCUCCCCCAGAAUGUUACAUUGGUCUAUAUUCCUGAACGGGUUCCAGUACACCUUGACCCAUGUGCCGGGGAAAUGGUUGUGCCACGCGGAUGCGCUGAGUCGAUUGCCCCUUCCUGGCGGGAGCACUGAGGAUCCUGCUCCAGCGGAGCACAUAAUGAUGCUGGAAACACUUCUGGGGGCUCCUGUAACGGCUACUGAUAUAGCUGAGAAAACGUGGAAAGAUGCUGUUCUCUCCCGUGUGCUCACUUGGGUGGGGAGGGGGUGGCCAGGUGGUCCGCAUGAAGACAAAUUCAGGCCUUAUGCGACUAGGCAGCACGAGUUGUCCAUGCAUAAGGGUUGUCUCCUGUGGGGAGAUAGGGUCAUCAUUCCAGCACCACUGAGAAACAGGGUUCUUGAGACGCUUCACAUGGGACACCCGGGAAUGGUCAGGAUGAAGUCGCUAGCCCGAUGUUAUGUGUGGUGGCCUGGAAUGGACCAGAACAUAGAACAAUGGGUACGAACAUGCAAGGCAUGCCAAGAGGUGCGGCCAGAAGUGGCCAGAGCACCAGUCCACUGGUGGGAGCAGUCCAGAUCUCCCUGGAGCCGGCUGCACUUAGAUUUUGCUGGGCCAUUCCAAGGAAAGGUCUUUUUGGUUAUCGUUGAUGCAUAUUCCAAAUGGUUAGAAGUGGCGAUGGUCCCUAGCAUGGCAUCAGCUGCCAUCAUCAAGGUGUUGAGGCAGCUGUUUGCAACCCACGGGUUACCUGAGACCAUUGUAUCAGAUAAUGGGGCAGCUUUUGUAUCCCAAGAAUUCAGGGCAUUCUUGGCUGAUAACUUCAUAAGAGGGGUCACAUCCGCGCCCUUUCACCCAUCCUCCAAUGGGCAGGCUGAGCGCAUGGUAAGAACAGCCAAAGAAUCCAUUGCGCGCUUAAUGGAGGGUAACUGGUCAGCUCGCAUCGCGCGAAUGUUAUUUUUGCAGCAUGCGACGCCGUGUACCGCAACGGGCAAGUCGCCAGCUGAGCUGCUCUUGGGUAGGAGACUGGUAACGGUGCUGGAUUAUGUCCACCCGGAUAAAAUGCCAAACCAUAAUUCAAGAGCAACUCCCCAGGCUGAGACUGACACAACAAGGUAUCUCGCCCCUGAAGAUCUGGUCUGGGUGAGGAACUAUUCACGAGGUUCGAGGUGGGUGGCUGGUGUGGUCACCCGGGCUAGUGGACCUGUGUCCUAUUAUGUGACCUUGGAAAAUGGGCAAGUGUGGAAGAGACAUAUAGAUCAGCUGAGGCGCCGGGCGCUCAGCAGGGAGGAGCCAGAUAAUUCAUCCCAGGCUAACGACGCAGAGCCGCAAGACUAGAGUGAAAAUGGCCCAGAGGUGCAAUCACCAGGGGCUUUAACAAAUGAACCAGGGUCUGCUAGUCCUCACGAUGACGAGGUACAGAUAGGGGACCCUGAGAUGUCGGGGACUCCAUCUGUUCCUGACGAAACCCCUAGAGCAGCCCCUCUACCACAGGUAACACCCAAUCCAGAACCUGCAACACCUGUUGUCAGGAGAUCAAGUAGAAGUUGUAGGCCCCCACAGUACCUGAGAGAUUACGUCUGCUGUGCUCACUAGGGGGGAAGGGGUGUUGUGUAUUGAGUCAAAGGAUUUUAUAUCUGUAUUAUUAUUGUCUGUAUUUGCAUUAGGGUAAAGUAACUGCCUUUUGGUUCCAGAGGGUACAGCUACUAUUGGUUCAUUUAAGCUGCUGUAUUUGGAUCCUCUGUCUUAUUGGUUCCCUCCAAAAGGCAGGACUGUGAUUGCCUGAUAUUGUUCCCUCCAAAAUGUAUCCUUUCUUGCUAGUUCCCUGUCCCUAUAAAUGUAGCUUUCCUCUCCCCAGUCUUGAGUCUUGUGCUUUAAUAAAGAAGUGUUACUAGAGAACUGUCUCCAGCAUGUUAUAUCAGGAGAGCUGAAAUCACAAACCCCACGUCACAACACAAAUGAAAUAGGUAAAUGUUGAAGCAAGAUAAGGAAGGGGCAGUUAAUCUGGGAAACUGUGUGUAAGCAGGUCUAUCAUUAGCAUUGAUACACAUAUCAGUGAAAAAUAAAUGUUAGUUUUUAAGUUUGCCCAGGACUCUUCAUUGCUGUCUUUUGCAGCAAAACCACUGCUUCCCCUAGAUGUGUUCUGCUGUUGUAAUAAAUUCAUUGUGAACAUGAAGAAAGCAUGAAGACUCUUAUGUGGCCUUAUAUGCAGAGAGUUUAGGUAUUCAUUCUGGGUUGGAAAACCUUUUAUCUGUAGUUGCAAUGUAUUUUGUUAAUUAUUUUUAAAUGUUUUUGAUUACUUAUUUCAAUAUGUCCUGUAAAGUGCUUAGAGAUUUUAUUACAAUCAAACAGUAUACACAUUUUGUUAAUUAGGCAAGUAAACUUAGGCAUUCUGUGAGGGGUUGCAUGACAGACAGACAGACAUUUCUUAUUGAGUUGUGGUAUGCACAGCAUAGUGUGGAGAAGAAAAGGCCAGGUGUUUAAAAUGAUGUGAAUGCUUCAGGCAGUCACUUUUCUGUAGCCAUUGUAGGUUGGGUUUGCAGCAGCAGUAGUUAUAUGGAAAGUUAUACUAAAAGCUAAUCCUCUUUCAGAUGGUUUUCAACCAGCUCUGGAAGGGAUUGUACUUUAUCUAACGGCCUGGGAGUGAUAUUAGGUUUGUCAUUCUCUUAAGCAUCAAGUAAUUUUGGUGGCACAAAGAAACUUCUGUCAUUUGACAGGCUCAUAUGCUAACAGCAACCUCUCCUAGACUGAGCUAGCCUAGCCACAGUUAUAUUUGCCUUGGUAACUGAUAUGAGGCUGCUUUUGAAGACAGUUCAGAAACUGUAGAUAGCCCAGAACACUGUUCCUAGGCUGAUAAUGGGAAUUAGGUGAAGAGAAAAUAAUUUGUGUUUAUUGCAACAACUCUACCGGCUUCCAGGGACUUUCUGAGCUCAGGUCCAAAGUGCUUGUCAUAAGCUUUGAACAGGUUAUGACUAGAUUAUCCACAGCUCUGGAUCCAAAUAUUUGUUGGACUGCCUUUUUCUGCAUCAGUCUACCGAUUCCUUAAGAUCAUUAUUUAAGGCCUUUCUCCUUGUGCCUCUGCAGCCUGAUGUGUGGCAGAGAGCAAGCCUUUUUUUUGGUGGCACCACACCUUUAAAAUACUCUCCUAAAGGAGGUCCACCUAGAGACUGCAUUACUAUCAUUAAGGGCUUGUCCACACUUUCGCUUGUCCAGUGCCUAGAAAGAAUGGGUCCAAAUGGCUUUCUGUGUUUUCUAGGCACAGGUCCAAGCAGUUUUGCCUUUACCUCGCCACUUCCCCCCAGAAAACUGCUCUUCAGCGCUAAAUUGGAGCAAAUGUCAAUCCAGAGAAAACCCAAUUGAUGUUUAUUCAUCAGCGGGUUUUCCCCAGGGAAAGCGGAAGUGUUUGGAUGAAUCCUUAGUCACCAGGCAAUCUGUUUUCCUAGGCUUAAAGGACUGUAAACAUUCUUUAACUUAGUGAAGAUUCGUUUUACCCAUAUACUGUAGUUAAAUUGUCUGGCGAUGUUUUAGUUUCUUUUUAAUUUCCCGUAUUAGUUUGUGUUUAUUAUUGUUGUUAUUAUUUUAAGUUUUACUUCUUGCUUCUUAUACCAUGGUUAGCAGCUACCCUAAGAGCAUAAAUCUUUGUUGACGGUGUGGGACAUAAAUUAUGUAAAUGGACAGAUUGAUUGACACAGAAUUAAGAAGCAUGUUUGUCAUGGGGGAGCUCUUUUGUAUCAAGGUUAUUCAUGGAUUUAGGUCAGCAAUUUUUUUCAUUUCUGUCUAGAUUGGUUGGAAUACAGUACAUACAAAAUCACUCUGUCUCAACUUUGGCACUAUUUUACUAUUUGCAGAUAAUUUUCAGAUGGAAGGAAACCAGUGUGUUGCCUCUGCGUUCUCAAGCCUUAUGACUCCUAUAUCCCAGCCUGUCACUGCCAACUCAAGUAAUACAUUUGGAGUGGACUUUCCAAGAAAACGCAAAGGAAGUGAUUCUGAUAACCAGUAAGUUGGGGGGGGGGGUAAUUUCUGCUUCACUGUAGUAUAAUAAUACUGGAUUUGUGUUAGACCUAUAGUUGCUAGUGUGUGUGUACGUGUUAUGCAUCUAACACAUCUAUUUUGGGAGAUAAUUUUGUGUAUAUUCAGGAGCUACAUACUAAACACAUGACAGAACAGUGAUAAUGCAUUUUCAGCUUCUUGUGCUUCCAGUUCCUAUUCACAGUUUUAUUAAUCUACCAUGACAUAUUCUGUGCCUGGAAAAGUCUGUUCUUUUCUGUGCUUCAUGCCAUUUCCAACUAGCUGCUCCUUGUAAACUUCUUCAAAUCCCACAGUUCUCACUAAUUUUCCUAAACCAACAUACAUUUCCAUAUUUUACUCACACUGUCUGUUCUCAUUCCUUUUUAACGUUUUUACCUCUUAUCUGUUCUUUCCAAGAAUAUAAUUUGAUACUUUCCUGAUAUUUUGAAAUAAUAAAACAGCAGGGCUGGAAAUCAACAACUGAAAACAUUAUAGGAUUUAAUUGGAGGGGAUUACAUAUUUUAAAACAACAGCAACAAAUAUUUAACCUAAAAACCAUUAGAUUUGGUACCAAGAUUAUCCUACUGAAUGAAGCCUAUCCGAAGGAGGGUAUCGGAAAGCUCAGCUGUUUCAGGUGGCCUCCAUGAUGUAAUGAAAUUUAUUCCUACUUUCCAUUUGUCUAGUGUAGAUUCUUCUUGCCACAGAUGGUCUCAGUGAGUUAACACUAUGAAAGUUUUUAUGUACAUCUUUAUCUUUUCCAACAAUGGCAUCUUACCUCAUCAGACACACCAUGCUGCUUCUAUUUAGAUUUUCCAUAGAGUUGUUGAAAAUCUGUUUCUGAACUACUAACUCCUAUCUGAGCUCUCCAAAGUGCUUUUCAUAAUAUCUCUUCAUAAUACUAAAAGUUGACAUACCAAAAGUUUUUAAGCAGAGGUUGGAUGGCCAUCUGUAAUGCAUGCUUUAUCCGAGAUUCCUGCACUGCAGGGGGUUGGACUAGAUGACCCUUGAGUCCCUUCCAACUCUUAAGAUUCUAUGACAGUACCCACUUUCUGAAUGUGAGCAUCUUUCAAAUACUUUCUUGUUCAAGUUGGUUAUGGCAUCAGGGAUAUUUACCUCAAUCUUUAGUGUACUAUAUUAUAAGAAUUGCUGGGAAGUUGCAUAUCAUUUUAAAUUGCCAGAUGAUUAAAAGUAAUUAACAAAAAGUUAUGUCGUGACAGAUGUGAUAAGGGAAAAUGUCUGUUAAUUGUCAGGGUAUUCUGCUAUGGCUAUAGCAAGGCCCAAAUUGAUUGUACUGGGUGGGGAACCAGUGGCAUGGGCGUGGGUGUAGCCCAGGGGGGCAGCUGCCUCCCCUAGGUCAAAUAAAACAAUGGUCAGUUAGUUAAGUAUUUCAAAUCAUGUUGGUUCUGCCCCCCUAACAAAAAUUGUGGCUACAUCCGUGGGUAUGUGGGCUGCAUCUGGUCAACACAGCCUUUCUGUUCAGCCUACUCACUUUCCAAGGCUCCACCCCCUCAUUAUCUCAUGCUGCUGAUGCCUGCUGCAGUUAGUUCACCAGCUGUCAGCAUGUUCCCUUACUCAGGGAAGUAGCCAUAUCCGGGCAUUCUUUUCUGUGCUAGGAAGCACUCAUACCUGUCCAGGUGCCCUGGGGAGUAUUCAGCAGCAUGCAGCCUUUUCCAAAAGUGCCCAGGUAUUUCAAGAACCAGUCAGCUCCUCUCACUUCUCCCAAAGCGAUAAUCCCCUCUUUGGAGACAUGUUCAACAAAAAUUAGUGGGGACUCUAGUUACAGGGUGGGAUUCUUGCAGGAAAAGUCAGGCCAAAGAGUAAUUGCAGGAAAAGAGAUGUUCCAUAAUUCCAGUGCGGGAGGAGAGGAAAAGGAGAGAGAGAGAGAGAGAGAGAGAGAGAGAAGGCAUAAAGUUGGGAGGGAAAACAGAGAUUGAGAUGCAGGAAGUGAAAGGAGAAGUGUGAUGUCUCUUCUGUGGAGCUGUGGAUUUGGGAAGUUUGGAGAGAUGGAGCUGGGUGGAAGGAAGCUGAAUUUUAUGCAGAAGUAAGUGGCGUGUGUAUGUGCCUGAAAAUGUACAGUAUUUCUGUAACUGGAUUUGUUUUGCACUGUUUACUUUUUUGGGUUUCGUCCUGCAUAUGUCCCCCCACCCAAGUUUACACAUGUGGGGAACACAGCCCUUAGACUGAAAUGGGUUCCCUACUCCUGCAGUACGUGAAAUAACUUUGACUACAGUUGCCCUGGGCUUUUUCAGGCUGCAGCACAAUCUUUAGUACCUCUUCACCCCAUAGCCACAAAAACCAAGGAAAACUCUUGGAAUCACAUUAAAGUGGUACUUCAGGUUAAGAACUUAAUUCGUUCUGGAGGUCCGUUCUUAACCUGAAACUGUUCUUAACCUGAAGCACCACUUUAGCUAAUGGGGCCUCCCACUGCCGCCGUGCCGCUGGAGCACAAUUUCUGUUCUCAUCCUGAAGCAAAGUUCUUAACUCGGGGUACUAUUUCUGGGUUAGCGGAGUCUGUAACCUGAAGUGUUUGUAACCCAAGGUACCACUGUACUGGAAUGCAGUCUUCUAUGACUGGUGUUCAGGGGUAAAGAAGAAAGGCAUUUUUCUUUUCUUUUUUGGCGUUCUUAUGUGUCCCAGGUCUCUGCUGUAAGAAGAGUAAGGAAAACUCUGCAUGAUUUUCUAUUGUAAUUGUUUUUCAUUCUUGAUUUUGAUGUCUUCUAAAUAGUAUAAAUUCUCUUUUCUCUAGGUAUGCAUGUGAUGUUGAUGAUCUCCAGAGCAGGUAUAAUUCCUUAAAGAACUAACAAGCAAAUAGUUAAAUACAGUACUGUAUUUUUGAAUACCAUGCUCAGAAGAGUUAAAGCGGUGGUUAAAUGUAUAUUUGUGUUUCUACAAAUUCAAAAUGCUCAUCAAGAUCACUUAAAAGACUAAAUGUAAAGAACUUUCCAGAAAUAUAGUGUAGUUAAGUAAAACAGUGUUUCUGCUUCAGAUAAAAUGGCUAGUAUUCCUUGUUUGGCUAGUAGAGUUAACGCUGAAUUUGAGAGCUGACCUCCACUAUUUACAGGGUAUAAAAUAAUACAAGAAGAUCCACCUGAGUCAGUGGAAGAUCCCACACAGACUGGCAUAUCCCUAGUUCUCGUGCAUGUGUACUGCUUGGUGCAGGCUUUAAUUUGUUUGCUUGAGGGGUCAUGGUAGUUUUAAGAAGAUAAAGUCUUAACUUUCAUUUGUUAGUGCUAAGUUUAGAUUUAAUCCUAGAUAAUGUUCAGGUGUGUGUAUACAUACAUAUAUACUUCUGUAAUUUAAACUUGAAAAAAUGUCAAAAACUAUAAAUAAGAGGUUUUGACAGUCAUUUAUUUAUCCCCCAUGAAUACUCAGCCCCUAUUUAUAUUUGUAUAUCAAUAUUUUCUCCCAUCUCUAGUUAUUAAUUGCAGAAAUCAGUAUGGUUCUUUCUGCGUUCUCUUGCUGUUCAUAUAAUAAUUUUGCAACAUGUUAUAUGGAGUUCAGCUUGUUUUUAUUAAGUACCACUGCACAAGAUAUGUCUUCUGCCUUCUUUUUAGGGAGGCUCAUAGCCAGACAGAGAAACGAAGAAGAGACAAAAUGAAUAACCUCAUAGAAGAACUCUCUGCUAUGAUACCUCAGUGCAAUCCAGUGGCCCGUAAAGUGGAUAAACUCACAGUAUUAAGGAUGGCUGUGCAGCACUUAAAGUCAUUGAAAAGUGAGUUAAGAAUGGUAUAAAAUAUCCUGUUUUAAGUGUAAAAAAGGUGUACACCAGGGCAGAGUGACUUCCACAAAUAGAAAUACUACAGUGUCCUAUAUAGGACAGAUUGAGUGCCCAGCUACAGUGGUGCCUCGCAAGACGAAAUUAAUCCGUUCCGUGAGUCUUUUCGUCUUGCGGUUUUUUCGUCUUGCGAAGCACGGCUAUUAGCGGCUUAGCGGCUAUUAACAGCUUAGCGGCUUUAAGAAAAAGGAAACAAACUCAGACUGAAGACGUUUCGUCUUGCGAAGCAAGCCCAUAGGGAAAUUCGUCUUGCGGAAUGACUCAAAAAACGGAAAACUCUUUCGUCUAGCGAGUUUUUCGUCUUGCGAGGCAUUUGUCUCGCGGGGCACCACUGUAAUGCUUUCUUUGAUUGCCAUAUCUUUUGAACAAGCUGCCUCUCUGUAAGGCAUGAAAAGUGUCCUGGCAAGUUAUAAUGUUGCACUGACACAGCAAUCCUUGCUUUUAUUGCUGUUGAAACAGACCAUUGGAUUUGAUGUUAAAUUUAGAACAGUUUUCCACUGCUUUAAGUAUUUAUGAAAACGGAACCUGAAAGAUGUUAAUACUAUUAUUUAUUUAUUUAUUUAUACAUACAUACAUACAUACCCAACCCAUCUGACUGGGUUUCCCUAGCCACUCUGGGCGGCUCACAGCAUAUAUCGAAACAUACAAAAACAUCAAACAUUAAAAACUUUCCUAUACAGGGCUGCCUUCAGGUGUCUUCUGAAAGUCAGAUAAUUGUUUAAUUCCUUGACAUCUAAAGAUAGGGUAUUCCCCAGGGAGCGUGCUACUACUGUGAAGGCAUUCUACCAUUUUCUUCUCUAUGUUUAUAUCUGUUUAAGACUUAAAAUUUGCUGUCUGUGGGUCAUGGGUAGGUAAACUAAGGCCCGGGGGCCAGAUCCAGCCCAAUCGCCUUCCAUAUCAGGCCCGCGGAUGGUCCGGGAAUCAGUGUGUUUUUACUAGAGUAGAAUGUGUCCUUUUAUUUAAAAUGCAUCUCUGGGUUAUUUGUGGGGCCUGCCUGAUGUUUUUACAUGAGUAGAAUGUCUGUUUUAUUUAAAAUGCAUCUCUGCGUUAUUUGUGGGGCAUAGGAAUUUGUUCCUUUUUUCCCUUUCAAAAUAUAGUCCAGCCCCCCACAAGGUCUGAGGGACAGUGGACCCAGCCCCCUACUGAAAAAGUUUACUGACCCCUGCUGUGGAAGAGUAUGGAAAAAAGAGUUUUCCAUACUCUUUUGUCUCAGCUUUCACUUGCAAACCUUUAUGACCAGUUUGCAUUUUUAAAAGUGGAAAUGCCAAGCAAGUCUUGUUGUGUGAGCAUAUUUGUGGGGCGUUUUCCUGCUAGUAAAUCAAUGACUUGGUGUGAAAUCUCUUUAUCUGCUUUUGGUCUCCUUUUAGAAAUUAAUUUAUCAUUUUGCAGGUUCUUCUAAUUCUUACGCAGAAGUCCGCUACAAGCCUUUUUUUUUACAAGAUGAUGAACUUCAACACUUAAUUCUUAAGGUAAGUAAAGAAAGGUCAGGAAUUGAGUGUUAUUUCAACAGUAAUUGCUUCAUACUGGAUUAUUAACUUUCUUUGCCUUUCUCCAAGACAUCCUCAAGAUGACUGAUACUGAUAUAUUAAUCAAAUAUAAUAAUACAUUAAGAACUAUUAAAAGCUACUUCCAGGUGGUUCAAGCUGCUGCCCCUCUCCUCAUUCUACAUGUAAACUGAAGAGGGCAUGACAAGUUUUCUAUCAUUUCUGCUGUCUCACAAACAAAUCAUCCUCCAAGAUUGACUUCUUCAAAUUAGAUAUUUGUGGUGACAAUAUGAAUUUUAAUGUUUUUAAUCCUCUGGAAGGGAGGGACAUAAACACACCUGAACCAGACCAGAAAUGGAACAUCCUCUCUAUUAUAGAGACACAGCACCAUGCUCACCAUUGCCUGGGCUGAAGGUUUCUUCAGGCUCUCUGGGCCUGGGAGAGCCUGCUCACUCACCUCUCUGUUUCUUAGGGCCUGAAGUAUUCUAGCGGGCUGCCAUACAGGGCACUCUGCUCUGCUCAGGAUUCGAAGGUCUAGCCAUAACAGAUGCGUUAACCGUAGAUCUGCUGGCCACCUACAGAUUAACUGAGCGCUGCAGCAUGAAGGACGUACUCUGCACAGCAAUGGUGUCUCCUCCAGUUUUAGUCCUCACAUAAGUGCAUUUCAAACCCUUAGGUUUGUCACCUCCCCCCCCUCCCCAUUUAUUUGAAUGACUUGGUUUAAUUCCAAUCUGUGCUUUUCUUGCCCUCUAAAAUUGUUUACUGUUUUCCUGGUCCAGUUUUGGGUUCACACAAUAAUCCCUAUUUCAUAUUCCUACUUUAUUUUACAUUCAUGUAUAUGUUCAUAUUGUACCAGAUCCAGGAGCUCUUGGAUGAAACUGAUUUUCUAGUUCCAUUUGAAUCAGGGUCAAGGCCCGGCUUUGGUACAGAAACUGCUUUGGUUGCCCUUUAUUAUUACCUCUGUUGGAAGAGAGACAGGGGAAAUGUGUUCCUGUUAAUUCUCCUUAACUUCUCAGCGGCUUUUGAUACCAUCGAACAUGGUAUCCUUCUGGAACGGAUGCCUGAGUUAGGGGUGUGUGGCAUCACUUUGCAGUGGUUCCAGUCCUACUUAAAUGGUCAUUCCCAGAGGGUGUUGCUUGGGGAGUGCUUUUCAGCCCUCCGGAGCCUUCAGUGUGGGGUUCCUCAGGGCUCCAUCCUAUUCCCUAUGCUGUUCAACAUCUACGUGAAACUGCUGGGUGGGGUUAUCCAGAGGUUUGGAGUACAUUGUCAGCUGAUGGCACUCAGUUCUGUUUCUCCUUUACAUCUGCAGGUGAGGCAGUGGAAGUGCUGGACAGGUGUCUUGGACUGGAUGAGAGCCACCAAACUGAAACUCAGUCCAGAUAAGACUGGGGCACUGUUAGUGGGCGGUUCCCUAGAGCAGAUGGCUGGGAGGAUGCCUGCUCUUGACAGGGUUAUACUUCCUCUGAAGGAGCAGGUUUAUAGCUUGGGCGUACUCCUGGGACCUUUGCUAUCACUUGAGGCUCAGGUGGCCUCAGUGGCGCGGAGUGCCUUCCAUCAGCUUUGGCUGGUGGCCCAGCUACACCCAUAUCUGGACAGGAAUAGCCUAAAUACUGUUGCCUAUGCUCUGGUAACCUCAAGGUUAGAUUACUGCAAUGCAUUCUAUGUAGGGCUGCCUCUGAAGAUGGUUCGGAAACUUCAGGUAGUGAAUAAGUCAGUGGCCAGGUUGCUCACCAGGGCAAGAUGGUUUGAGCAUAUUACACUGAUCCUUGUCCAACUGCACUGGCUACCAGUUAGUUUCUGGGCCCAGUUCAAAGUGCCUUAAAUGGCUCAGGUCCACAAUACCUCAAGAACCGCCUCUCUCCAUAUGAACCUACCCAGACCCUGAGAUCAUCUUCUGAGGCCCUUUUUCAUGUGCCACCUCCAAAAGAGGUCUGCAAGGUGGCAACACAAGAACAGGCCUUCUCUGCAGAGGUUCCCCGUUUAUGGAAUGCUCUCCCCAAGGAGGUUUACCUGGGGCCUUCAUUCUACACCUUUAGGUGCCAGGCAAAAAUGUUCCUCUUUAACCAGGCCUUUAGUUGACUGACAUUCAAUGUCCUUUUAAAAUGUGUUGGGGUGGGGGAAUUACUGAGUUGUUCUUUUUUAUUUAUUUGUCUUUUGUGGUUUUAUAUUGUGCUUUUAUCCUGUGAAACACCCUGAGACUUGCAAUUAUAGGGCAGUAUCCAAAUUCAGUCAGUCAAUCAAUCAAUCAAUCAAUCAAUCCAUACUUUGAUAAGACACCAGAUAUGUCAUUUGACUCCCAUAUGGUAUCCUUGUGCCACAUCACAUGUAUUAUAGUCAUCCCUUCAAUGUCAUCAGUUGUAUGUUGACCAAACCUCUCUGGCAGAGGGAAUGGAGACUUCCAAUUCUGUCCCUGCCUAAUGCUUCCCAGGUCCAGUCUUUGGAGAGAACAGAAUAUAGAAUCCUGUAUACCACAAAAUAUAUAAAUCCUCCCAGAUAUUGGUUUUAAUGUAUGUGCUCAUUCUGAUCCUGGUGGAUUCAGUGGUGUCAGGGGUUCAGAGAGAGAGGCACAGGGUAGGCAGGAGAUGGAGAGCGAGGGGGAGGAAUUCCAAGCCAGCGAGGAAGAGGACGACAAUGACUCAAGGGAUUCCAUGAGUCUUUCCAGCGAAUCAGAGGAUUCCCAGAAGGGGGCGCCGGUGGUCAGGGCCAGGGGAGGCCCAGGGGGGAAGUGUCAGGAGCAGGGUGCCAGCGGAGGAUCCCAAAGUGGCAGCUGGGCGUCAGGACCAGCCUCCCCACCAGAGUGCAGCGAAGGGGGUGGAGUUUCCAGUGUGUCAGAGGAAGCAGCUCCAGCAGCAGAGAAAGGAGGCGGGUCGGAGCAAGCAGCCCUCCCGGAAGGGGCGCGGAGCAGUGAAGGGAGUAGAGUAACUGUCAGAAGGAAAGUUAGAGGUUUGGCGCGCGCCUAGUUCAAAUGUAGAGGCGCGCGGAAGUGCAGGGAGCCCGGAGGAGGGGCCAGGUCCCAAAGCCCGCAGGAGGGGGGAAGAGCAGUCUGGGGAUUCAGCGUUAGAGGAAUCCAGAAGGGGCGCAACCCCAGGGGGCAGAAAGACCCUGCGGAAAAGGAAGGAGAGAAAGAGGUGGAGCAGCGCAAGUCUCUUAAAUUGGUGCAGAGGAGGGACUGACUCAGAGGGGACUUCGGCGGUCUAGCGUAAGAGACGUAAGGCUGCGCGCCUGAGAUGUCAAGCAAAGCAUGAACUGCAAUAAACACCUUUGUAUUCAAGAAGACGUAGGCGUUGGUCUUUUGUGAGCUAAGACUUGAGGCAGCCUUGACAAGUGGGUUUACCCAUAUCAGUUGAUUCAUUGGUUGAAUGCUUAUUCUGAACCAGUGACACUUUUCUUUUAACAGUGCUUUUUCAGUUAAGGUUCAGUAGAGACUUUAAGAUAAUGCUUCAGGUUCUGUUCUGGGGUUUGGUGCAGGUUCAAGUUCAGUUUGACUCCCUGCUUUAGACAAUCCUGAGUUGGAACCAAGGUUCUCUUCCUAAAAUAGAAAGAACCUCCCUCUGACAUUAAGAUAGAAAGAAUGUCCCUCUGACAUUGGGAGAGAAACUCUGGAUCCAAGCUGUAAUGAUUUUAAAGAUUAAAAGCCAGAAUUUUGAAUUGUGCUUAGAAAUACACAAGGAUCCAGGAAACAUGUUUUUAACUAACAUAAUAUGUUCAAAUCAAUGCUGCAAUCUUAAAUUAUUAAAACUACUGUUGACAUAAUUUAUUUUUCUGCCUCCUGAGAUCUUGUUUUUUCUGCCUAUAAAUGUGUGUGUGUGUGUGUUUUCUCUCUCUCUUAAUUUACAGGCUGCUGAUGGGUUCCUCUUUGUGGUUGGAUGUGACAGAGGGAAAAUCCUGUUUGUUUCAGAAUCUGUUUUCAAGAUCCUUAACUAUGACCCAGUAGGUGACUUUGUGUACUAAAUACUGAAUGUAGACAGUAUUUCACAGCAAGAUAUUUAGUAUAACUAGGUAUUACUAAUUGCCCUGACAAGUGCCAACCCUACACCCUUCACCAUCACACAUGCAUUACCAUUUUUUACUUUCAGAGGUUUUUGUAAGCUGCCCUGGAGACAUGGAGGACAAAGCUAUUAACAGCUGCUAGCCACUGUGGCUUUGUUCUACCUCCACUGUCAGAUGCUGUAUGCCUCAAUACCAGUUUCUGGGAACUGCAGGUGGGCAAAGUACUGUUGUUCUUCUGCCCUGCUUGCUGGCUUCCCUGAGGCAUCUGAUUGCUAACUGAGAACAUGGUGCAGGAGUAGAUAAGCCAUCAACCUGAUCCAGUAGGUUCUUGUUGCAUUUGAAGGACAGGGGAUAUAUUCACAAAACAAAUAAACACACCUUUCCCGUUAAUGACUGUUGCAAGAGUUCUUCAAUCACAUGUGGCUCUUCCCCAUUAGUAGCUGACAGUGGACAAGCUUCAUCUGCAUGUUAUUAUAGUCGUCCUUGGCACCACCACAUAGUUGUUUCCUUACCUAUGAAUUUCAGAAUUGCAUGAUGUUACUUAAAUAGUUUGCCAGCCAGUGCUCUCUGCUAUAAUGUGAAAAUAUCUGAUAUUGUUUAAAUGCAGUUUUCUUUGAAAACAAACCCAAAGGUUUGAUUCAACAAUCCAUUAUAGUGACUGUGAGUGUGUGACAACACACACACACACCUUAGCCCUUACAGUGGAGUACUUUUAAGUACUCAGUGUUCUUCAGUAUACUUGUGUAUUUUUGUUAGUGAACGAGAUUUGUAAUGCACAGCUUAUGAGGUAACAAUGUUGUGUUCCAUUAGACGAGUUUGAUUGGGCAAAGUCUUUUUGACUAUCUUCAUCCAAAGGAUGUUGCCAAAGUGAAGGAGCAACUUUCAUCUUCAGAUGCUUCUCCCAGAGAAAAGCUAAUAGACACCAAAAGUAAGUCUUCACCUAAAAUUGCUUAGAUGUCAUGAUUUAGCUGUAUGUACAUAUAGCCAUGUUCCCGCAGUUCUUAUUUAUAUGAGCUAAAUCAUGAGUGCUUGGUUGUACUUAAUGUGGAAGACUUUAAGACAACUGAAAGUGUCCCAAGAAGCAUGUUUUUUGAUAAUGUCAAGAAAUAAUUUUAGAUAUGUAGCAAAAUCAGUCAUGUCAUUUUUACCAGGCAUGCUGGUUUAUUGUGUGUGUGUUUAGUCAGUAGAAAAACCUGGUGUAGUCUAGCAUAGGAUAAAAUGCUUCACUACCAAGAAUCACUGUAUUUAAAAAUGUUACAUGCCAUUCCUGAUGUAAUCAGAUACUGUUUCUAUCAUAUACAUUAUGUAACUUGUAACUGGUUUUUGUAUGAGCAUCCUCAGAAACCUUUUUUUAAAUAUUCCUACCAAAUUAGUGGUUAAAGCUAUAUGGAGUUCAAAUUCAAACUUCAGUUAUACUGUAUCAUCAUGCAUAACAUUGGUUGGGUUGUAAAAUAGAUUGCUGCUUUCCCCUCUUGAGUUACUUUAACCAUAUUUCUUCAUUUUCAUAUUUUAAUUCAUCAAAGGUUUCUAAGCUAUAUAUGCUGAAAUUUCAGAAGCAAUAUGAAAGUAUCUUGGAAGCAUGUGAAAGCUGAAUAGUGUUUUUAUUUCACAUGCCAAGUAUUUUUGUGUGUUUUGUUCCUUUUUAAACUUUAAAAGCCGGUUUGCAAGUUCACACAGAUUUUCAAGCUGGGUCAUCAUGUCGUCUGUAUUCUGGUGCUCGCCGUUCAUUUUUUUGUCGAAUAAAGUGUAUAAAAACCACAGUGAAAGAAGAAAAUGAGUCCUUGCCAAACUCAAAGACGAAAGGUAUUUCUAAAUAAGUGAAAUAAUAUUUUAUUUCAAAUGCUGUAUGUGUUAAAUCAUAAUGUGCUUGAAUUAUUAUUGUAUGAUUUGAGGCUGCAUUUCUGUACACAUUUAAAUAGAAGUUACUCCAUUAAUUUUAAUGGACAGACUUACAAGUACACAUAUGUUGGUUUGCACUGUAAGUGAUGUAAAAUUGUAGAAUCCAUGAGAAUAAUAUGCUUCUGGAAACGUGAAAUGGUUUCCUGAAAGGCACUGAAUAGGAUGUAAGUUACCAGGACUACAGCAAAUAUAAAGGUUUCUCAAAAGCUGUUAAGAAAUUGGGCAGAAUCAUUCUUUUUUUAAAUGUUUUUUUUGCCUGAAUCAUUCUUUUUUUAAACGUCUGUAGAAACUUGCAUACAUAGGACAAUGAUAAUAUUUUUAGUAGAAUAUUGUACAGCUGGUUUCCUUAAAUUUAACCAUUUUAUUGGUUUAAUUGUGAGACCACAUACCUCAUUUUAAAAAAUGCAACUUCAACCUCAGCUUUUCCCCAUUCUUACUUACCGUAUUUUUCGCCCUAUAGGACGUACUUUUUCCCCUCCAAAAAUGAAGGCUUUCACUGAAGCUAUCCGCUUCAGGAAGGCUUCAGGAAGCGAUCCGCAAGCCAUGGGAGAGCUGCGCGACUUCGCGCAGCUCUCCCACGGAUAGCGGAGAGCUUGCCUGCACCCAGAAGCUUGGGGCACGCUGAGCUCAGCACGCCCCAGGCUUCGGGCUUUGCGCAGCUCUCCCACGGCUUGCGGAUAGCAGCCUGUUCUGGGGGCUGGGGUCGGGGGAAGCUCGGGCUCCCCCCGCCCCAGCCCCGCACCUGGGGGGGAAAUAAUUUUUUUUUCUUUAUUUCCCCCCCAAAAAAACUAGGUGCGUGGGGUGAAAAAUACAGUACUUGUGCAAGUGUAUUUCAAAAUAUGAUCUUCUUAAAAUGUUACAGCUGUGUUAUUUAUUUCACAUGAUUUGUAUACCACCUGAUUCUAAUAAAACCUCAAAGCUAUAAGAAGUGGACUUCAGCAUUCAAAAUACCUAAAACAAUAGUAAAACAAUCUAAAACAAUCUAAAUUUAUUACCCUCCUUACUUACUUAAACUUCAUGUGUGUGGGAUGAAUAUUUCUGUGCUACAUCUAUUGACUUUAUUAAAGAAGAAAUGGCUGUCACUAGCAUCAGUAUUGUAUUUGGUGGUCCUAUGCUAGUUCAGUAGGGGACUGACAUCCUGGCCUGCCUUAAUCCAGGCAUAGCAUUUGGGUUGUAACAAAGUUCCACUGCCGUAAUCUGGAUGCUUGUACAGAGUAACAAUGUUCAUUUUAUAUGAAUGAGGUAGUUUUUUGGUUGCAUCUUGAGGAGAGUGUUUAAUCCGAACACCAAAUAAAUUCAUUUUAUCACAAUUGUAACAUGGACAGUUUAGUAAUAACUUCAGUAGUAUUUUACCAACAGUUAGGAUUGAAUAGAUAGUUUCUGCAAGAUAGGCAAUUCCACACAUGCAUAUCCUAAUGGGAUUAAAUAAUAAUAAUAAUCCUGCCUCUGUUAUAUCAGGGGUGGGAAAACUUUUUCAGCCGGAGGGACGUAUUUCUUCUGGGCCACAUGCCAGUGAGUACAAAAGGCAGAGCAAUCAAUGAAAAUUUCACCUUUGUACACUGGACUAGUUUCUGCAAGCCCCCCUGCAACUCUCUCAAUCCUCCAUCCUGCACAUUGCAGCCAGGCAAAACCCCUUGGGAGUGUGAAGCAGGAGCAGUGAGGGAUGUGGCCUGGGGAGAGUCCUUCGGGCCAGAGGACUGCAGCACUGCGUUUGGCCUCCAGGCCUGAAGUUCCUCACCCCUGUAUUAUAUUAAUACAACAAGUACCAUUUUGGGAAUUUUACUAGUUUACCUAUUGUUACAAUCCAGAGUUUUCAGCACACUUUUCAAAUGUAGACAACCACUGGUAUCAGUAUUUUGCAAGUCUUCUUUUGUGGUGUGGUGUUGCUGAAUGUACUGAGGACCCAGUGCUCUUAUUUUAGAAUAAAUGCAGUGUGUCUACUUUAUGUAGGCAGUAAGAGCUGAACAAUACCCCACUGAAGCCUACUGAAGUCUACCUUUUAUCUCUACCUUAUCUCUCACUUCAAGUGAAAUAGUGCAAGCAUAUUGCUAUAACAGCAUCCUAAGCAAGUCAGUUCCACAGAGCAAUGCAUAAGAUUGUGAUGUUUUACCUCAUUGUUUUACUUCAUUGUAAUGCUCAUUGUUUCUCACAAAUAAUUUGUACAUGUGCCUUGCACUAAAUAUGGCCAAGGCUUUAGAACCAAACUAUGAUAUAUGAUGUGCGUGUUUCUGGACUGUAGCAUUUGAAACUGUAGAUGUGGGGUUCAUGUUUCAAUGUUCCCCAUUUUGGGGAGAUGAGAAACGUUUGCAAUUAUGCCUUUAUGUAUCCAAAUGAAAGAUAAAUAGAAUUUCCUCUUCGUUCUCUUUCCUGAUUUCCCCAUAUUUUUGUAUCGGAGAGGGACAUUAAGUUUUUAAUAGGCUCAAGCUCAAAGUCCCUUCUGCAGUUUAUCUGGCUCAAUGUAAAUCAUAACACUUUUGAAAUCAAACAGUAUUGUACUGGAAAGCAGUCUCUAUUACUAAACUAUUAAAUUUUCUUCUUAUAUGUAAGAACACGUUUUUAUUGCCAGCACCUAUGACUUACCUUCUCAAAUCAUUUGUAAGAUUAGAAGUACGCUUCCACAGGUAAGCCAAACCUAAACAGUGUUUUUUUAAAAAAAAUUAUAACAAUUGACACUACAGUCUUGAAUUUAAUAAUUGUUUAGCUCAUGCCUUUAGGUUAGUGCAAAAUGUAGCUUCUGAUGAUUUUAGAAAAGAAAUUGAAAAACUGUUUUGUGUUUGUAAUAAAUUAGAUCUUAAAAAGUACUGUACUGUUCAUUGCACCGGGUAUCUGAAGAGCUGGCCUCCUAAUGAAGUGGGAGCUGAAGAGGAGGGUGAUGCUGAAAAAGACAGCAGUAACUUUAACUGCCUUGUUGCAAUUGGGCGAUUACACCCUUAUGCUGUUCCACAAAAAAGUGGUGAGAUAAAAGUCAAGCCAACAGAAUUUGUAGCACGUUUUGCCAUGGAUGGAAAAUUUGUUUUUGUAGACCAGCGGUAAGCAUUUUUGUCUUUUUAAUUUUAAGACAAUAGCUCUUAAAUUGUGUAAGGUUUCAGUAUUUAGAUAAGAUCCCCUCCCACACUGCAGGCUUCCUGUUAAGUUGCUGUUGCUCUAUAAACUACUUCGGAGGCCUCUAGUUAAGUAAGACUUAUUUAAAGUAUUAGUUUCUAACAAAGGGGUUUUUUUAUUUGAUUUGAUAUGAACAUUUACAAAUAAUCUCUGACUUCAAACUGAUAGAAGUUUAAAUAAAAAAUCAAAUGUGGUUUCAAAGUUGAAUUCAAUUUUAGAAUUGUGGUGAUGUUUCCUUUUAUUAGAUCUAAUAAUACAAAAGGAUUACAAUGUAGCAUUUGUUCGUCCUUCUGUUUUGGCUAUAUAUGUUAACUUUAAGUUUUAGUAUUUUUUUCCCCAGAAACGAGCAUCUGUUGCUUUUCGUAUGCAUGAGGGACCAGAGUAAAGUGUUUAAAAAGCCCGUUUCAGAUGUUUUCAGAAUCUGUAGUGUGUUCAUGUUUUCUUUAUAGUGCAACAGUUAUUUUAGGAUACUUACCACAAGAGCUUCUAGGAACUUCAUGUUAUGAGUACUUCCACCAAGAUGAUUACAGUCAUCUAACAGAGAAACACAAAGCAGGUAAAGUAUGGUAGUAUUUUACUUCCUGCUACUGUUAGCUUUUUUUUUCUUCCAGAUUUAAAAUGUUUUCUUGAGUAGUGGCUCUGUAGUGAAGGUCAUGCUUUGCUUGCAGAGCGUUCCAGUUUUGCAUUUCUGGUACAGCUGAGGAAGAACUCUUGUCUGAAACUCUGGAAAGCCACUGCCAAUCAAUUGGGGGUCCAGGGGCCCCUGGAGGUCCACGGCCCCAUCCCUUGCUUUCCCCCAACUAUUUUUUUGGUCAUUUUUGCAUGGUAAUACCACAAAUUUUAUGGUCUGUUUUAGCACUGUGUGAUUUUUCAAUAUAUUGGCCAAAAUCGGUUUUGAAUCAUACUGUGAUAAUGAUUUUGACUCAGCAAUGUAUCACUCCUUGUGCAAGGGAGAGCAGGGCAGCCAAUUUCAAGGCACCACUGAUAUCGCACGAUGAUCUUAGCCAAUAAUGCUGCUGAUCUGAGCUCCCUUCCCUCACGCUGAGGAAGACCGUGGCAGCCGAUAACAUUGCAGCCUUUCCUCACGCUGAGGGAAAACAGGGCAGCCGAUUGCCCUCACUUCAAGGCACCGUGGCGUUACCUUUCCCUGGUGCUGAGGCUGAGCAGAUUUUCUCAGUCCGCAGGAAAGCAGCAGCAGCAGCCACAGUGGACCUGCAUCUUCACUGGCUGCCACCAGUGACGGCGACUUGGUGCACCCCUAUCCCCUCCCACUCAAACCAUGCGGUGGAGGUGGUUUCCUCUUCCUCUCCUCCCCCCACCCACCUGAUCUCCAUGGCUGUUCCUUCUCUCAUCCCCAUGCCUGAUCUGCACACACUUCACCCGCCGGAUCUCUGUGACUUCUCCUUCCCUCAUCUCUACACCUGAUCUUCAUGCAUCCCACCUACCCACUCUGUGAUUACUCCUUCCCUCAUCCCUACACCUGAUUUCCAGUUUCAGUGAUACAUCGGAAUAUCAUGAUGUUUAGCUGCUGAUACAUCACAAUGUUGAAAACCAGGUAUUGCUCAGCCCUAGUCUGGUUUUUUUGGUAUACCUAAAAUCCUUUGCUUAGUAUGGGCUACCCCACAUUUUGUUCAAAAAAUUGCUUUGCAGAGGUAGCUGCCAUAGAGUUAUCAAAAUUUUCAAAAGUAGGGUGUCCUUGCAGUGGCUUUUGAAAAAUAGGGGAUCCUCAGUAAUUAGCUAAUUGGGAACCACUGGUGUAGACCAAAGGUGGGGAAUAUUUUUCAGCCUGGGGGUUACAUUCCCUUCUGGUGGUGGCAGGAUCAGAGACAAAAAUGAGUGGAACAAUACGUGUGAAUUUAACCUUUGUAGUACUGUAUAGGCUAGUUUCUUCAUAUUCACACAUCCCUCUCCACCCAGACAAGCAAGAAGCGUUAUCAGAGUUCACAGCCCUAUUCCUCCCAGGCAAAAAUACUUGAGGAGGGUGAAGGGUUGGUGAAGGGUGUGGCUCAGGUUGGUGUGUUGCCUUGGGAAAGCCCAGAGAACCAGGCAGAGAGGCCUGGAGCAUCUGAGGCUCCCCUUCCCUGGUAUAGAAUAGUAAGCUGUAUGGCAUACAGGUCUGACUUGGUAUAAGACAGUUUCCUGUGUUGCUUCCUACUGGAAGCAUAAAUAAAUAGUGCCUGGGAAAGCCCUACUUCCCUCAAGUUCACUUUCCUGCCUUCAACACAAGGUGGUGAUGCAUCCCAGUUUGAUGAGCUACUACCAGCAGCGAGAACUACCCUUCAGGUAGGAACCAAUGUUUCUUUUUCCAGCCAGAGAAAUAACAUUUUUAAAGUGUUCUUUUUUCUCUCGCUUCUGGCGAGAUGGGAGAAGGACCCAGCAUCCAGAACCAUGGCUUGCUGUCGUUGCUGUAUGUGGCCACUUUUUCUUUCAUCAGAAAUUGAUUCAUCACCUCUUACGUUUUAGCACGUUCCCUUUUUCUUCCUCUGUUUCUCAUUCAUUAAAUGAAUGAUCAUGAGAAUCAUGUUAUCAGCAUCAUAGGGAUGACGUCUUCUGAAUGGUCUUUAUGCAGCCUAACGUUUUACAGUUGCUGUAUGAACAUAGGUUUAGUUGAAACACAUUUAAACACUGGUUUUGUUCAUAACUUGUUUUAUAUUUCCCCCAGUGCUUCAGAGUAAAGAAAAGAUAUUCACAAACUUCUACAAAUUCAGAGCAAAAGAUGGCUCUUUUGUCACAUUAAAAAGUCAGUGGUUUAGUUUCAUAAAUCCAUGGACCAAAGAACUGGAGUACAUUGUGUCAAUCAACACGGUUGUUUCGUAAGUUACAGUCUUAUUCAUAUAAGCUAUGAAUAAACUAUUUUAAAUAUUUACCAUAGCUUAGAUAUUAUUAAAAGACAAGAUUAAUUAAAAGAAUGCAUGUGCAUUCACUGCCUAUGAGCUUGAAUGUAAAAAAAUAAGUUUCCUUUUGUAUUUAAUCAUGCAAUAUUAAUGCAGGUGGUCUAUUUUGGUUCUGUCCUGCUGACCCUCAUACUAACAUAAUGUCACCUUGUAUGCUAGGACUUCAGUUGUAAAUGGAAUAAAUAUUAAUGUAUUAAUUUUUAAGCCAAUUUCUGGCUCUACUGCUGCAUAGCAAGUGCUAGCUUUUAUUAAAAGAUAUUCAGUUUUCCAUUGCACCAGCCCAUGUCAGGCUUGUUGUGUUGGAUAAAUAGAUUAGAUCUUUCUAAUUAGGAUGGCAAUCCUUACUUGGCAAAUGUUAGGUUAUCCCAUCCUGGUGUCCUCCAGAUGUUUUGAACUACAAUCUCAUCAGCCUCUGCCUCCAUGGUUAUCAUCCAAGGGAUGGUGGGAUUUGGCUGGGGGAAGCUGGGAAGGGCUGCUUUAGGGAAUGGGGAUGGUGAUGAUUCUUUAUUGAAAACUCCAAAGUACAAAAUAUCAUGUGCACAGAGUAAGAUAAAAACAAAAAAGAAGAAGAAACAAGAAAUAGUACUCAUGUAGAAAACAUGUAUAUUAUUUACAUCUGGGAAUGCUCCUUUAUGUAACUUUUCUGCUCUGGUGCAUUUUAGAGAUCAUAAUGAAUCAGAUGAGGAGGCCCUGUUACCCUGCAGUUCCCUGUCUUCAGAAGGCAAGUACACAUGCUUACAGUGAGAAUGAUACACACAAUAUUACAUAAAUCAAAUGGGGUCUUCACACUGGGCACAUUACUAAAAAAAUAAAAAAUAAAUAAAUCCUGAUACAAGCUGCAGACCUGUCUGUUAAAUUAAUAAAGUGACCAACAUAUGAAGAGGCAUGCAAAUACCUCUAUGAACUAAAAGGUAUUAAGAGCCCUCCCCCAAAUAUCAGUUCCCACCUCCCCACUUUGCAUUGCAAAUAGUUUGUGAAAUUGUGUACAUCCCAUACCUUUAAAGCACAUCCAUGCUGCCCCAAGAAUCCUGGGAACUGUAAUUUACAGGCUACAAUUCCUAGCAUUCUUUGGUGGGUGGGUGGGUGUCUUAAAUAUGCUUUAAAGCCUUGGUGUGUAUGCAACCUGAAUAAAAUUUCAAAAAACAGUAUGUUUUUGUGGCACAGGAAAUUUGCAGUCCUUUUAACCCUUUGUUUUUAGUUCCACAGUGAGACAAUGUUGUUAGAUCAGGAACCAUAUCAACUAUCACUUAUCAGUAGUAGAAUACCAUUUUUAUUAUUUAGAAUAUUUUUUUCUUGCCUCUUGAUCAAAUGAUUCUCACAUAUUAGUAACACCUGCUGUUAAUAAUGUUAAGGCAUUAAAAGAUUUUAAAGAUCUAGCCCCAUUGGUUGUAGCCUUUUUGCUACAAUAUUUUGACACUUGUUUCUUUAUAUGGUGAUGUAUAUACACACCACUUACAAUUUAGAUGAUAGCAGCGCCACUUGUUUCACCAGCAUGUUGUGGCAAAACUUUAACACCACUUUGGAGAGCUUUACGCCAGUGUGGCGUAAUGGUUAGAGUGCUGGACUGGGACCUGGGAGAGCAGGGUUCAAAGCCCCACUCAGCCAUAAAGCUCACUGGGUGACUUUGGAGUCGGUCAGCAUCUCCCAGCCUCUUCUACUUCACAGGGGUGUUGUGAGAAUGAAAUGGGGAGAAGCAAAGCCAUAUACCCCACCUUGAGAUCUGGCAUAUAAACAUAACAAACAAAGCAUCCUUCACAUGGGUGAAUGUGCAAACCUUUUAUGAAGAGCAAUAUAAGGAGUGAAGUGCAUUCACUCACCUUCAGUUUGAUAUGAAAAUGCCAUAUUAAUCAAAGGCCAACGUUGUUCCCUCCAUGUGGCAUUGGACUGCAUCAGCUUCAGUCUUAUGGGCAGUGACUAGGAACGAUGAGAGCUGAAGUCCAGAACCAUCUGGAGGGGACCAUGUUGACAACUGCUGUUCAAAGGUACCCCUUAACAUUUACAUACCCCACAUAGAAGCUGUCUGGAUGUACACACCUUCCCUUUCUUUUAAAUCUGUGCUCUGCAGACAAAUAACUCAUAGAUUUGUAUUGCGUGCGUCUUACUCUUGUAGGGUAAAAGCUGAUGGUGCAAGAGAAAAGUGAAUUACAAUUAAUAAUAAUAAUAAUAAUAAUAAAUUAUUUAUAUCCCGCCCUCCCCAACCAAAGCCGGGCUCAGAGCGGCUAACAACAGUAAAAUAAUACAACAUUCUAAAAUCAUUUCAUUAUAAAAUCAAUUCAAAUCAAAUUAAUGGAAACCAUUGGGCUAGAGUUUUUUAUAUAUAUAUAUAUAUAUAUAUAUAUAUAUAUAUAUAUAUAUAUAUCUCCAAUAUAAAAUUGUACAAAACAAAACAUCCAAUUUAUCACCAACAUCAUCUUUUUGGACUUCCAUCAACUCGACUGAUAAUUUUUCGUCUUAAUCACUUCAUUCACAUUCCCUCAUUAGUAUUGCACUAUAAUAAUAUCUUAAUCUACCUUAUUUUUUAUACAAUAUUUCUGCUAUUGAUUUUCACAGAACUUCCUGAAAACUUACAAACGGGCUAGAGUUCUGUGAGGAUUGCCAAAAGAGGGGGUCAGGCUGUGCCCUGGCCAAAGGCCUGGUGGAACAGCUCUGUCUUUCAGGCCCUGCAGAAAGAUGUCAAGACCCGCAGGGCCCUAAUCUCUUGUGACAGAGCGUUCCACCAGAUCGGAGCCACAGCUGAAAAAGCCCUGGCUCUGGUUGAGGCCAGCCUAACCUCUUAAAAUUUUCAUCAUAUUCUGUGAAAAGAUUGAAGUUUCUAUCCUUGUUUAUUAUUUCGGAGCAAGGAGUUGGAAUCCUAUAUUAACUGGGGGGGGGGGGAAUACUGAAAUUGAAGGCUACGUUACAUGAAAGGGAAAGCAUUCCAUGUAUGUCAUCAAAAUUGAAACAAAUGGUUGUGAAUAGGAUGUAUUUAUAACACAGUUAAAAUUACUUUUAAGCGUUAAAACAGAUAAUCUGCCUCCGAAGCUUCUCUCAGUGCCAAUGUAAACCAACAAACAUAUAGAAAGAGAACCUGCCCAAGUGACGCUGCCACAAAAACCACACGCAUAUACCAUUUUUGGGGGGAAAGAAAAAUAAUAUGUGAAUUUACCACCCACCAUCUCCCCACCACUCGCUCCUACCACCUAUCUUCCCCUUCAACCCUAUACUAGAUACAUUUUCUUACAUGGAACAUAACUAAGAAACUCCAUGAUAAAAAGAGAGAGAAAGACGUUGCAUGUUCUUUUGUAAUUCAAAAAAAUCUUUAAUAAAAAUUAUUUCAAUAAAAUAAAAUAGAUAAUCUGUUACAGUGGGAAACAGUGUAAAACUAAAUAAAACCAUCUUGAUUCCCUGUCUCUUAAAACAUAGAUACAACAAAGCCACCAUUUCUUGGUGUACCAGGGAUGUCUACAGGAACUGUACUUGGGGCUGGAAGCAUAGGAACCGAAAUUGCAAAUGAAGUCUUAGAUUUACAAAGGUAAUAACUUUUUUUUGCAGCAAACGCUAACCAUUUUUUUUAUUUUAAAAGGUGAACUAACCAUGGCCAAAACUGAAAUAAAAGCUUUAGAGGACCAGAUUCUAGACCACUCUGAGGGAUCCAUUUCAAGAGCUAGGUCACCCUCUCAUGUUAGUUGAAGGGUUUUCAAAGGGAGAAAAUUGUAAGUAAAAAGUAAAGCAUAAGGUGUUGAAACAAGUUCCUUCUGAGAACCCUUGGACCCUGGAAAUUCAAAUCUCUAAAGAUCCACUACCACCAGCCUGUAAUCCCGCAUAUUUAAUAAAAUGGGAGAUCUGUGUAGUGGAGUGGAUUGCCAACCCUUAAUACUUUCACUUGAAAUUAAAGUAGGGAGCACUUGGAAAAAGAACAGGAGCCUGCACCAUUUUAGCAGUGGCUGCCCAGAAUCACGAGGUUCAUAUUCCUCCAAGUUCUGAGGUCUUGCUUAAUCUGUUUAGGCACCAGUCAAAAAUUAAAUUUAAACAAAUAAUUGAAAUUUGGGGAGGGGGGGUUGGUAGUCCUAAAUAAUGCCUUGAUCUGGCUUUAAUUGUGAUCCCUGAAGUCAUGCCGCCUGCCAGCUGAGUGUGAGGGCCAAAGUUCCUGAAGAGUUUCCAACUAACUGUAAUUAAGGCAUGGCCCUGACACACUUGAUUGUGCACAUGACAAAGUAUGGAAUUUGUCCUCACAAAAUAUGAUGUCCACCAUCUCGGGUGGCUUUAAAAGAGGAUUAGGCAAAUUCAUUGAGGAACCAUAGUAGUUAAGGUAUGUUCUAACUUCAUAGGCCCCUGAAUACCAAUUGCUGGGAAUUACAAGCAGACAGAGAGCUCUUGUUCUAAGUUCCAUCUUGUGGGUUUUCCAUAGGCAUCUGGUUGCCCACUGUAAACAGGAUACUGGAUUAAAUGGGCCUUUGGCCUGAUCCAUCAAGGCUGUUAGUACAUCCUUUUGGUUCACUGGCAUCCCAUUCUACUAAAACUUUGCAGAACUAAAGAAUCACUUAAUCAGCUUAGCCCAUAGUUUUAAACAACACAGCCACUUGAUCAUUUAGUCUGAAUUUUAGGACUCUUUUAUAGGACUGAAUAUGAUCAAGUUCCUCCAGAGAUGGAGGAACCUUGGAGGGAAGGGGUGGAGAUCUUAAAGGGCAAAUGUUGCUAAUGUUUCUGAUACAGCAGCACUAGUUAAUAAAUAAUAUCAAGUGUUUUAGAGGCCAGAUUGUUUGUGUUUGCCAAAUAUUUUGUGAGGAGGAUUAAAUGUCAUCUUUUGUUUUUAUCUAGGUUACAUACAUCUCCACCUCCUGGUGAGUUAAGUCCAUCAGAUCUGAUGAGGAAGUCUUCUUCCCCAGUAGACGGUAGUGAUGUGAGUAUCCAUAAGCCACUGGUCUCUAAGAAAGGCUAUCUAAUAUCCCAGUAACUUGAUUUGAUCUUUCUUACUAGCCCUCUAAACAUGUUACACACAUGAAGAGAAUCUGUGUAUAGAGCAAGGAGGAGUGCCAAGCCUCUUGUCUCACCCCCAGCAUCAUGUCUGAAGAUCUCCUGUGUGUAAUGCAGCUGCUAAUGUGUAAAGGUUCUACAUGAGAGGCCCACCUGUGCAGUUGGGGCCCUGACCACGGGAGGCCCCAUAUGUGUGGGCAAAUUGCUCCUGAUGGGGGUUCCUCUGAUAGAAUCAUAGAAUCAUAGAGUUGGAAGAGACCACAAGGGCCAUCGAGUCCAACCCCCUGCCAAGCAGGAAACACCAUCAGAGCACUCCUGACAUAUGGUUGUCAAGCCUCUGCUUAAAGACCUCCAAAGAAGGAGACUCCACCACACUCCUUGGCAGCAAAUUCCACUGUCGAACAGCUCUUACUGUCAGGAAGUUCUUCCUAAUGUUUAGGUGGAAUCUUCUUUCUUGUAGUUUGGAUCCAUUGCUCCAUGUCCGCUUCUCUGGAGCAGCAGAAAACAACCUUUCUCCCUCCUCUAUGUGACAUCCUUUUAUAUAUUUGAACAUGGCUAUCAUAUCACCCCUUAACCUCCUCUUCUCCAGGCUAAACAUGCCCAGCUCCCUUAGCCGUUCCUCAUAAGGCAUCGUUUCCAGGCCUUUGACCAUUUUGGUUGCCCUCCUCUGGACACGUUCCAGUUUGUCAGUGUCCUUCUUAUACUGUGGUGCCCAGAACUGGACACAGUACUCCAGGUGAGGUCUGACCAGAGCAGAAUACAGUGGCACUAUUACUUCCCUUGAUCUAGAUGCUAUACUCCUAUUGAUGCAGCCCAGAAUUGCAUUGGCUUUAGCUGCCGCGUCACACUGUUGGCUCAUGUCAAGUUUGUGGUCAACCAAGACUCCUAGAUCCUUUUCACAUGUACUGCUCUCAAGCCAGGUGUCCCCCAUCUUGUAUUUGUGCCUCUCAUUUUUUUGCCCAAGUGCAAUACUUUACAUUUCUCCCUGUUAAAAUUCAUCUUGUUUGUUUUGGCCCAGUUCUCUAAUCUGUCAAGGUCAUUUUGAAGUGUGAUCCUGUCCUCUGGGGUGUUAGCCACCCCUCCCAAUUUGGUGUCAUCUGCAAAUUUGAUCAGGAUGCCCUUGAGUCCAUCAUCCAAGUCGUUGAUAAAGAUGUUGAAUAAGACCGGGCCCAAGACAGAACCCUGUGGCACCCCACUAGUCACUCUUCUCCAGGAUGAAGAGGAACCAUUGAUGAGCACCCUUUGGGUUCGGUCAGUCAGCCAGUUACAAAUCCACUGAGUGGUAGCAUAGUCAAGACCACAUUUUACCAGCUUCUUUACAAGAAUAUUAUGAGGCACCUUGUCAAAUGCCUUGCUGAAAUCAAGGUAGGCUACAUCCACUGCGUUCCCUUCAUCUAGCAGGCUUGUAAUUCUGUCAAAAAAAGGAGAUCAGGUUAGUCUGACAUGACUUAUUUUUCAGAAAUCCAUGCUGACUAUUGGUGAUCACAGCAUUCCUUUCUAGGUGCUCACAGACUGUUUGCUUAAUGAUCUGCUCCAGAAUCUUGCCUGGUAUUGAUGUCAGACUGACUGGGCGGUAAUUAUUUGGGUCCUCUCUUUUCCCCUUUUUGAAAAUAGGGACAACAUUUGCCCUCCUCCAGUCUGCCGGGACUUCGCCUGUUCUCCAGGAAUUCUCAAAGAUGACUGCCAGUGGUUCUGAGAUCACAUCUGCCAGUUCUUUUAAUACUUUUGGAUGCAGUUCAUCUGGCCCUGGAGACUUGAAUACAUCUAAACUAGCCAAGUAUUCUUGUACUAUCUCCUUAGUUAUUCUGGGCUGUGUUUCCUCUGCUGAAUCAUUUGCUCCAAAUUCUUCAGGUCGGGCAUUGUUUUCUUUAUCGGAGAAGACUGAGGCAAAGAAGGCAUUGAGGAGUUCAGCUCUUUCUGUGUCCCCUGUUUGCAUUUCACCAUCUUCUCCUCUGAGUGACCCCACUGUUUCUUUGUUCUUCCUUUUACUACUGAACAUACCCAUAAAAGCCUUUUUGUUGCUUUUAACCUCUCUAGCAAGCCUGAGUUCAUUCUGUGCUUUAGCUUUUCUGACUUUGUGUCUACACGUGCUGGCUAUUUGUUUGAAUUCCUCUUUGGUGGUUUCCCCCUUUUCCAUUUUUGUACACAUCCUUUUUAAUCUUAACUCAGUUAAAAGUUCUUUAGAUAGCCACCCUGGCUUCUUUAGGCACCUUCCAUGUUUCUGUCUCAUUGGUAUUGCCUGACGUUGUGCUUUUACUAUCUCCCUCUUAACAAACUCCCAGCCAUCAUGAACUCCCUUUCCUUUUAGUAUUACUGUCCAUGGGAUCUCACCCAGCACUUCCCUAAGUUUUAUGAAGUCAGCUUAUGAUGUCCAUCCUCAACACACAUUUUGGGCAGGGUUAGUAGCAUAGUCCUCAUCUUUGGCUCCACACAUGACCUCAUGUAGCAUGUGAAGGAGGCCACUGUUAUUUCAUAUUAUAGCAAAAUUUCUGUAACCAACUCUGCUGUUUCCAAACGGCAACAACUCUUUCCUUUUGGGAGCCUGAAAGCUUCCGACUGUGGGAUAGCUGAGUCAGUAGUGCUUGAGACCGUUAAUCUCAGGGUUGUGGAUUCAAGCCCCUUGUUGGGCAAAAGAGUCACGUUGCAGGGGGUUGGACUAGAUGACCCUAGGGAUUCCCUCCAACUUCUGUGACUAUAAACUACCUGGAUAGGAGCAACUAUUACUUCUUGGUAAGUAUCCUCUGAAGCAGUUCAGUUAGGGGCCUGUUGUCAUACUUUGUCAAGCUGUAUUUUCAGCACAAAAUUAGUUCUUUCUUUCUUUCUGGUGGUUUUAUUGUACUAUUUUAGAGGGCAUUCCAAAUACAGAAUUGUUGCAGCUGUUACUCAUUACAUCAAGGAUGGGAAAUCUUUUUCCCCUAGAGGGCUGCAUUCCCUCAUAGCCAGCCGUUCUGGAGCCACAGGUCAGUGGGAGGCAGGGCCAAAGUGGGUGUAGCUGAAGGGGACAAGUCCAGUCCACACUCAUGCGUACACACCAGCAUGCACACAUAUAACACACUCUUCAACAUUGUCACAUGUAAGCAGACACAUAGCACACGUUCCUCCUUGGAUGAAGAGGCAGUGCCUCCCUCCUUUGCAGAUCUCACAGAUUUCCUGCUGGUUUUUUAAUUUUCCUUUGAGUUGUCUGUGAAGGCAGAGCUGGACAAAACAUCACUUCCGAUUGUUCUCACGUGCCUGCCAUAAUGGGCCAGAUCUGGACUGUGGGCUGCCAGUUCCCUGCUCCUGCAUCACUUGUAAACAAAGCCAUCUAAUUUCGACAGUGUAUCCCUAAGAAUCAGCAUUGAAAAGUAUUUGAUUUCUGUAAUAUCAUUUUUGUUGAUUUCUGGCUAUUGUCACCAUUUUCGUGUGUGCUCAGGUGCCAAAGAGAGACAUUCUUCAGCUGUGUCCUUCAGGAAUAUUAGAUGUGGAAACCUCAGGGCAACACCAGGGCACUAUUCCACUCCCCAGCAAUGAACCUCUUCUCAGUAAGCUUCCCUUCUGUUUAUUUCCUCUUAAUGAAGUAUUUGUAAGUCUCUGCAGAAGUAGAUUGUGUAACUGAGGGUGUUUAGUUCCUACCAAUUUGAGAUUACCAGCGCUCCUGUUCAUAGAAUCCUUAGGUUAAAAGAAAUAGAUGUCACCUGUGGAUGCAGGUGAUCCACACCAAAAAAAAAAGGAAGAAAACUGAAAUCUUUCAUUCAGCAAGCCCAGUCAGCUUAGAAAUGCAGCUCACAAGUAUUGGUUAACCACUGCCACCAAGGGCAAUAUGAUACUCAUACCUGAUACUUUGCAUUCUGUCCAUAGUGCUUUUAUUUCUGUAAAUUGACUCAUCUCAAACUUCAUUCUGUUUUGAAACAAUGUUUCAGUAAAGAAUGAAGGUAAAUCAGGAAUGCCUGCUCCCAAUAAACGUCUUAAGCUGUUUAAGCAUAAAAUAUAAAUCCUCAGGAUGUUUUUAAAAUAAAAGAUAUUUUAACAGAACUGAAUAAAGCCUACAUUUAAUAUGUACAUUUUUAAUGUGUGUUAAGAUGCCUCUUUUUCAAUGCAAAAGUGAUAGGGCUUUUGAAGAAAACACUCAUGAGAAAUCUGUUAAUAUUUUAAGGUUUCCUUUUUGUGGUAACAUAAAUUCAAGCUAGUCAGAAUCAUUCUCAGCAGGGCAUUUUGAACCACCCACUUAAGAAACAUUAAGCAGCAGUUUACCAUGUGGCAGAGUUAAGCUCUCUAUUCACAGGCAAAGAGCUGCAGUUGAGAGGUGGAGGGACCUGCUUUGGCUGCAGAAGACCUCUGGUUAAGCCAGGUAGGGUUGGGAACCCCCUGUCUGAACUCCUGGAGAGCAGCUGCCAGUCAGUACAAUUGUGUUUUCAUUCUUUGUAUCCCAGUCUUGGCCAUCUUGGCUGCCUUGCAGCAUGUGCAAGGAAAUACAAGAUGUGAUGUGUAAAGUUAUUUGUGCCAAAAGGAUGUUGCUUGUUUCAGAGUAAACAAUGAAUUACAGAGGCUGAUUUUUGCAUAAAAUGGUGACAUUUUUUGUUUUUUUCCUUAGGUGAUGCUUCUCAACUGGAUUUUGAUGCAGUUUGUGGAAAUGACACUGCAAUGGCUGCUCUUAUGAAUUACUUGGAAGCUGAAGGGGGUCCGGCAGAGCUCAGUGACAUGCAAUGGACUCUUUAG